AUGAGUAACGUACAGCCCCUUACUAAUGAAAUAAAUCAAACAACAGAGAAGCGAGAAACUAAAACGAAGAAAGAGCGUGUGUUCGACUUUUCUGCAUUCAAAACACGACAUAUUGCAGUUCAUUUGAGUUACGUUGGGAUAGGGUAUUGCGGGUUUGCGUCGUCCACUCUCAACGAAGCAAACCUCACGAAUUAUCAAAAAUUGCAGAAUGACAACACUAUAGAGUAUUACCUCUUCCAAUCACUAUUUAAGACGAAGUUGAUUAACAGUAAAGAAGAUUGUAAGUACAGUCGAUGCGGAAGAACAGACAAAGAUGUUUCAGGGUUUGGGCAAGUCAUAGAUCUUUGGGUGAGGAGUUCACUUAAAACGGACAUCAUUGAUUACACUCAACAUGAUGGGGAUUAUGAUUAUUGUAGAAUGAUCAAUAGCACGUUACCAGUCGAUAUUAGGUGCCUUGGGUGGUGUGGAGUACCAGACGAUUUCAACUCGCGAUUUAGUUGUCUAUCGAGAACAUACCAUUAUUACUUCGAUCCAAGUGGAUAUGAUGUGGAAGCUAUGAAACAAGCAGCACAAUACUUUGUGGGCGAACACGACUUCACAAAUUUCUGUAAAAAGGAUCCGGCUGUGGAUCAUUGCAACAGAAAGGUGCUGAGCUUUGAAAUCGAACCAGUAACUCAUUUAAGUCGAUUUGUUGUGAAAGGAACUGCUUUCUUGUGGCACCAAGUGAGAUAUAUGGUGGGCGCACUUUUCUUAGUCGGGAGUGGGACGGACCCAAAGACGAUCAAAGAUUUGUUGGAUGUUAAUAACUUCACAAAACCAGACUUCUUUAAGUACGCCCCAGCUUACCCGUUGGUCUUGUUUAAGUGUGAGUAUAAAGAGGUGGAUUUUGUGUGCGAUUCAUCGAAUGUGAAAUUACUGGGUGAUUUGGUCGAUUCUUACAAAGAACUUGAGAUUAAAUGUUUGAUGAGAAAACAACUUGUUGAAAUGGCUUUGACCCAAAAGAUGGGAGAAGGAAAAGUAGUGAAAGACCAGAUGGAAUUAAUGAAGAAAAAAAAGAGUGAACUCAAACCAAAGAAGAUAACAAAAAAUGAUUGA